AUGGCAUCGAAACAAGCUCAAGAUAUUGAGGUUAAGCCUGCUUCUGGCAUUUCCUACUUCACCCCCGCGCAAGAGACCCCCGCUGGGCUGGCAGCCGACCCGCAGUCUGAUGGAGCGCCAAUUCCAAAGCUGUUCAAGCCCCUCAAAGUGAGAGGUCUAACAUUACACAACCGUAUUGGAGUUCGUGACCCCCUCAAUGGCAAUUUCUUUCUGUUCGUGUUUAUUGCGGAACUGUCACCGCUAUGCCAAUAUUCCGCGGAUGAUGGUCAUAUGACUGCCUGGCAUAUGGCCCAUCUGGGAGGAAUUGCUCAGCGCGGACCGGGCUUUCUCAUGGUAGAGGCCACCGCGGUCGAACCCGAAGGCCGUAUCACACCGCAGGACCUCGGUCUCUGGAAAGACUCGCAAAUCGACCCUAUGAAGGGAGUUAUUGAGUUCGCGCACAGCCAAAAUCAGAUCAUUGGCGUUCAGAUUGCCCACGCAGGCCGCAAAGCUAGCACUGUUCCACCUUGGCUGUCUUCUGGCGACGUUGCGACUGAGAAGGUGGGCGGCUGGCCGGACCGUGUCAAAGGUCCUUCCGAUAUCCCGUUCACGUCGCGAUUUCCCGUUCCCAAGGCAAUGACCAAGGAAGAUAUCGAGGAAUUGAAGACUGCGUGGGUGGCUGCGGUUAAGCGGGCUGUUAAAGCUGGCGCUGAUUUCGUCGAGAUCCACAAUGCACAUGGCUAUCUCCUCAUGUCUUUCUUAUCGCCCGCUGUCAACAAGAGGACCGACGAAUACGGCGGUAGCUUCGAGAACCGCAUCCGUCUCAGCCUGGAAAUCGCGAAAUUGACUAGGGAGGCUGUUCCAGACCACUUGCCGGUCUUCUUGCGGGUUUCAGGCACUGACUGGCUGGAGGAGUCCCACCCCGAUGAACCGAGCUGGCGCUUAGAGGAUACUGUUAAGUUUGCCCAAGUCCUGGCAGAUAGCGGUUACAUCGACGUCCUGGACGUUAGCAGCGGUGGAACUCAUGCGGAUCAGCAUAUCCAUGCCAAACCUGGCUUCCAGGCUCCCUUUGCCGCUGCCGUGAAGAAAGCCGUGGGCGAUAAAUUGCUCGUGGGCACUGUCGGAAUGAUCGACAGCGCUCACCUAGCAAACUCAUUGCUCGAGAAAGAGGGGCUGGACCUUACCUUGAUCGGUCGUGGCUUCCAGAAGAACCCAGGAUUGGUCUGGGCGUUUGCUGAGGAGUUGGGAGUUGAAAUUGGAAUGGCCAACCAGAUCCGAUGGGGAUUCGCGUCUCGCGGUGGUGGUCCGUAUCUGAGAAAGAGGUCAGGAAAGAUGUAG